GUGCGAAGAGGGCACUAUAACCAAACGAAAUCCCGACCGUUUUUCUUUUUUAACAGCUAAGCGGUGAGCUGGUUAGUUUUCUCAGGCCAGUUUUUUCGUUUGUUCUGAAACCGAAUUAAUCCAUUCUAAGAAAUCGAGUGCAAAAAAAUAGGAGGACAAAAAGAGUAGUCCUUUAGCCAGUAAAAAGGGAACAACAACAAAGUGUUGGUUUAUUUGUGUUUCAUGCGUUGUUGAGUGCCCCAAUGUUUGCGGACUCUGCUUUCAUCGGAUGGUUCAAUUUAAACUGGCGGUCGUAUAAGUGCACACACACAGCGGGGCGUAAGUGAGCCACAAAAGGGAGCACUACGUUUACUUUUCUUUGCCCGUUCUACUAUACAUGUAUUCAAGUGUGGGUUUUCUCGCUACCACUAUCGGACGCUAUAAUUCUUUUUAUAUCAACGACCGGAAGGACCUGUAAACACCUCGAGACGGCAACACAAAAAAGGAGUCAUGGAUGGGGUCGAACGACCGCUGACGUGCGAUCAGCAGCGCUCGGUAAACAUUUGUCCUUUCUUUUAUACGACCGCGUUUAUUCAACAGUCCAUUCUGUUUUUUUGACGCCUCCUAAUUUUCAAUCUCCGGAUUGUCCCUAACUUGCGCUAAAUCGAAAAAACAUUCUACCUUAGACGCUAGUUAUCGAACAAACAAUUCGCUGGGGCUGCGUGUAAAAAAAAAAAAAAAACGACCCUGUGCGUGUUGCAGUGUUUCUCUGUGUGUGUGCGUGCCUCUGUGCUUCGUGUAUACGCGUGUGUACGUGUUUUAGGUACGUUAAAAAACGACAAGGAAAAAUCUCCGGCUCGCAAGGCAAACUCGAAAGGAAGGAGGACAAUGAAAUCUGCGCGUCAUGACGUCACUGGCGUUUGACGUAAUCGUCGGCCACUCGCAGUCGAUCAUCGAGAGUCGGUGAAUCGAAGGGAUGAUCGGGUAAAGCGAAACCAAGAAAAAACUCGCACAACCAACCGCUUGUUCGUCGAACAGAAAGCGAGCGGGGUGGGGGAUGUUACGGUGGAUAUCAACGGCUACAAAUCACUUUCCAUUCAAAGGGAAGAAUCGUCUAAAGAGCCACGGAAUGGCUCUUUGAUUGUCGUGCAGCCACAAAGGAAAACAAAAGAACGACAGAGUGAAAGGGGAAAACAAAAAAAAGAUCAACGUCUCUACGAUGUUCCUACUAGUCGUCAUCAUGUCCUGCAAGUGAAUCUCGUUUGUUUUUUUGUUUGUUUUUUUCUUCAAGAGGUGAACUGGACAUAACAUCGUGUCACUACCGAGACGUUUUCGAUCAACAUGGGCCAAUCUUAAAGGCCUCAAACGAAGAAGGAAAUUGAAAAAAUUAUUAAACGAACUUGUUGGAUUUGUUUCUUUUGUGCGUUCGCGUCAGUGCGUGUUUUUUUAACGUAAAUAGAAGAAGAGAAAGGAGGCGAGAAAUUAAACAGUUGGAUAUUCUGGGUGUGGGGGCGAAUUGCAAAACAAAAGGGAGAGGAAGACAGUCGAUUACAUAAGGAAUCGUUAAAAGCCGAUGCCCCUCAAGAGUCGGCCGAGUGAUCUGCAGGUGGUGACGUCGCCGCUCUCCGUUUUCAGCACGAUGGACGCGGAAAAUCGGGUGGUGCUCAAUUGCGGUGGCAUCCGCCACGAAACGUACAAGGCUACGCUGAAAAAGAUACCCGCCACUCGCCUCUCCAGGCUCACAGAAGCCCUGGCCAACUACGACCCCAUUCUCAACGAGUACUUUUUCGACCGACAUCCCGGCGUCUUCGCCCAAGUCCUCAACUAUUACAGAACGGGGAAACUGCACUAUCCGACCGACGUUUGCGGACCGCUCUUUGAAGAGGAGCUGGAAUUCUGGGGAUUGGAUUCCAAUCAAGUCGAACCCUGCUGCUGGAUGACCUACACUUCGCAUCGCGACACGCAAGAAACACUGGCCGUGCUCGACAGGCUCGAUCUCGACACGGACAAGCCGAGCGAUGAGGAAUUGGCCCGCAAGUUCGGCUACGAAGAAGCUUAUUACUCUGGCAACCUGUCGUGGUGGCACAAGACCAAACCCAAGAUUUGGUCCCUCUUCGACGAGCCCUACUCGUCCAACUCGGCCAAGAUUGUGGGCUUGAUAUCGGUGUUUUUCAUCUGCGUCUCGGUCCUGUCGUUCUGCUUGAAAACGCAUCCGGACAUGCGAGUGCCGGUGAUCCGUAAUUUAACGGUGCACACGUCGGCCAACUCGACGGCGUGGACGCUAGACAAGACGCAGACGAACGCCCACGAGGCCUUCUUCUACAUCGAAGCCGUCUGCAACACGUGGUUCACGAUCGAGAUCCUGAUGCGCUUCAUCGCCUGUCCGAACAAGUUCCUCUUCGUCCGCGCCUCGGUCAACAUCAUCGACUACGUCGCGACGCUCUCCUUCUUCAUCGAUUUGGCCCUCCAGAAGUUCGCCUCGCACCUGGAGAACGCCGACAUCCUCGAGUUCUUCUCCAUCAUCCGCAUCAUGAGGUUAUUCAAGCUGACGCGACACUCGUCCGGCCUGAAAAUCCUCAUACAGACGUUCAGAGCUUCGGCCAAGGAGCUGACGCUCCUCGUUUUCUUCCUCGUUCUCGGCAUCGUCAUCUUCGCCAGUCUCGUCUACUACGCCGAGCGCAUCCAGGCCAAUCCGCACAACGAUUUCAACAGCAUCCCGCUCGGAUUGUGGUGGGCCCUGGUCACGAUGACCACCGUCGGCUACGGAGACAUGGCCCCGAAAACUUAUGUCGGCAUGUUCGUCGGCGCUCUCUGCGCCCUAGCCGGCGUCUUAACCAUUGCCUUGCCCGUACCUGUCAUCGUCUCCAACUUUGCAAUGUACUACAGCCACACGCAGGCGAGGGCGAAAUUGCCUAAGAAAAGAAGACGGGUGUUGCCGGUGGAACAUGCCAGUGGCCCUCGAGGUCCGCAGUUGGCCAUCAGACCGGGCGCGCCCGGUGCACCUGGCAGCGGCGGACCGCGAGGUGCACUUAGCGGAGGCCCGGGCAAUCUGCGCGACAGCGACGGCAUGCCAUCCCGCAUGAAAGCCAUCAAACCACCGCCCACCAUUGCCAACAACGCCAAAGAGUUUACCGGCGGUCCCAAAAAUAUGGUUGGAUUGACCACCGUAGGUGCCAUGAGCGUUACUGUCAGCCUGAACACGAACGGCGUCGGAUUGGAUUCGACCCUCUCGGCGAUCGCAGCUCCUGCCACCGGACCCGGGCAAAUGCCCAUCACCAACGGAUCAUCGCCUACCAAUAAUCAGACGACCAUCGGUGCUGUGACAUCUUCUCCAGCUACAGUCGGAACGGCCCCGGCAGCCGCAGCGGCCGCUGCCGCCAUCACCAGCGCUAAUAACGCUGCAAACAAUAUAAAUGAUUAAAAAAGAAACCGUGAAUCAAGAGAAAGAUUAGCAUCUUUCGUCCAUCCCGUCAAUGUUGGUCGAAGAUUGAAGUUGUGUAUAAAAGAGCUUGUUAUGUAUUCUAUUUCAUUCUUAAUUAAUCCUCUUUUUAGCUUUCAUCUAACGAAGAACGUAAGAAAACGAAGUUAACUACCAAGCAGAGAUGGGAUGAAAUUCAUUUUGUGCAUUUCAACCAUGUUAACUCACGUUGAAAGGGAAACUCUUUCAGUCCAUAUCGUUGUGUGCACUCGCAUCGUUGCAAACAUUGAUUUCCGUUUCUCGUAUUAUGCCCGACGAACUCUUGUCAGACCCCCACACAAAAUACUGAUGAUCUUCUCUGCCCGCCGCGUACAAGUAUUUACACACAAAAACAACAAAUGAAACAUUUUGUUGCUUUCUUCUCUUUUUUCUUUCGUCAUUGACAGCCCUCCCCCGUUUUUUUUUAGAGGCAUUGCAGUACGCAGAAAGAAUGGGAGUUCGCAUAAAACUGUCUCCCCCAUCUUGUUCAAGAAUUCAAUUUUAUGGCAUUCGCUUCAGUGCAGCUCUUUGUACUUUCAUUUGUCCGUCUUUCAUCGCAGUCCCUCACUUGAAUUCACACAACCACUAUUGCUGCUGUUGCCACUUUGACGAUCCAUAUAAUAUGCUCGUGUAUACAUAAAAAAUUUAUAUAUGCCGUUAUCGUGACUUAUUUGAACUUAGCAUGUUUUUUUUUUCUUUUUUCUUUUUUUCGGUUCGUUGAUCCUUUGCUCCCCGUUCCCCCUCGUUCGUCAUGAUAACAUUUUCACUUUGCAAACUUUUGAUUCUUUUUUCUUCUUUCUAAUAAAAGGAAAAUUCUAUGAUA